GAGAGGUCCUGAUGAUGACGUCGGUGAAGGUGAGUUUUAAAAAUAAAAGAGGGAAGAAAGCACAUGGACGCGAGCAGCUGAAAUCAAUAAAUCAACUGAUUGAUGCUGAAAUAUCGGGAUCACCGUCUGGCUGUCGAUACGGAGCAGCGCGCGCUCGCUGCUUAAGGACCGCCUCGCGGGCGACGGGACACUGGGCCAAUACGAUCCAGAAGUCACGGAAAUUUUUGUGCAGUGAGAGUUUCCACGCGUGAAAAUGAUUCGAGAGGGGGAAUAAUCCGAGAGAGAAACAAAGAGAGGGGGAGAGAUCACUGAUGAUGAUGAUGAUGAUGGCCUAGAAACAUCAGGAAUUCCUCGCUCCGCUCGACUGGAUCUUUAAGGCGAUGAGGGAUUUUACGCAUUGCCAAGAAAACGGGCUUGCUUUCCUCCUCCGCGCACCGCGGCUUUACUUUUGACUCUGAGGAGGAUGCAUUGAAGUCUCGCAUGCAGUCUGAGAGUCUCUGACUCACGUGAAAAGGAACGGCGGCUCUGCGCAUUAAUGCGUGUGUGCGCGAGCGCGUACGCGUGCUCUUCCGUGACCAAUGGCACUGGAAACCGUGCGCAACGGCUAUGUGCGCACUUGUGUCACUCCCGCGGAGCAGGACUGUUGGCACUCGCGCUUGGCUCUUGUGUGGAGCCGUAGGAGUCUCUCCUCGGCCGCGUGCGUCGCCUCGCUGUCCGUGCUGCUCGCGCUGCUCGCCGCGGACUGGGACGCGGAGCGCGCGUGUCACUUGGUGACGCUCGCGGAGCUCGUGUGGCAGCUGCUCUCCCCCGUCUUUACGCUCGUGUGUGCCUUCUUCUGGGUGGGCGUGUAUCUGCUCCGUUGCGGGGUGCUCAUCCGCACCGCCGUGUUUCUGCUCACCGUGUGCCAUCUGGGCGAAGCGGCGGCACAGUCGCUGUUGGAUGCGCAGCAGCUGUACUCGUUCACCGCCACCGCGCUGGUGCUGCUCGCCUGCCUGGCCAGCGGGGCGCUCAUGGUGGUGCGUCUGGGUCAGGGCAUCUCUGUGCUCCUCUUCAUCAGCAUCAUCAGGACUGUAUCGCUGCUGUCUCUGCAGAAGGUGCGCGCCAGCUGGAGACCCUACCUGGCGUACCUGCUCGGGGUGCUGGGGGUCCUGCUGGCGAGGUAUGCGGACAGGCUGCUGCCGCCGGAGCAGGGCGCAUCACACCGGGAGGGAUCGAGGGGAGAUAUUCCGGUAUUUAAGAGGCGCAGGAGGUCCAGCUCCGUAGUCUCGUCAGACAUGGCACAGCACGGCCAGCCCAGGAGCAAACCUCACAGGAGGACGUCGCUGCCCUGCUUGCAGAGAGACCAGAUGCUCCCACAGCAAGAAUGGGACCACAAAAGAGGCGCCCGAGGAUCUCAGCCAUCCGGCCUAAUGCAAUCUUCGGGCACCAGCGUGACGGUGGACAUCGCGGUGAUGGGCGAGGCCCACGGGCUGAUCUCAGAUCUGCUGGCUGACCCUUCCCUCCCACCGAACACCUGCAGCACCCUGCGGGCCGUCAGUAACCUGCUCAGCACCCAGUUCACCUUCCAGCCGCUGCACCACCGGCCGCGCUUGAGCCCCCUGCUGGCCUUCAGUGACGGACACGCCUGCUCCGACUCGGAGGAGGUGCCGGAGAAAGGAGAGAGGCUGGCCAUCCCCAAGCGUUUGAGGCGGAGUUUGCCUCCGGGGCUUUUGAGACGCAUUUCUUCCACGUGGACCACCACCACCUCAGCCACGGGGCUGCCCACCCUCGAACCCGGGCCGGUCAGACGGGACCGCAGUGCCAGCAUCAAAGCACCUCACGAUGGCCCUUCCAGCAGUUUGGUGAACAGUGAUUCAUGGAACAACUCUGUUGUGCUCAGCCUUUCCAAGAGCAGGUCCAUGUCCGCUUCAUACACUGCCUCCUCCACCACCAACCACAUCUAUAGCAAGAGCCGAAGAGGUUACCCUUCUUCCAACAUCUCACCUCUGGCUUCACCCUGCCACUCCCCUCCAGUCCAGGGCACUCCGCUCACCAGCCCCACCAAUAAAAGCCCUUCAGUGGAGCUGCCGGACGCAGUGCUUCCGCCACCACGGAGCCCCCACAAAGCCUUAACCCACAGUCAGAGCGCCCCCAGCUCCAGCACCUCACAAUGGGUGCCGCCUCCACUUUGUAGCAGCUGUGGAAGACCGUACAGUAAACUGAGACACGGGGACGGAUCCAUAGACGCAGGAGACCGAACCCAACAGUCAGACGAGCCGCUGAUGAUGUCGUCAGACUAUGACUGCACCAUUGAGACCAACCACAGUGACAGCAGCAACUUUGCACAGAACGAGGAGGACAGAGAGGGUCACAGGAAAGUCUGCGGGACGUUCCCGCUGACCACUCUAAUCCCACCGGAGGAUAAGCCCAUCUUGGCCCCGGAGCCGCUGGUGAUGGAGGGCCUGGAGCCCCUCAUGAGUCAGAUCAACAACUGGAACUUCCCCAUCUUCAGUCUGGUGGAGAAAACCAAUGGCAGAUGCGGCUGCAUCCUCAGCCAGGUGUCUUACCGGUUGUUUGUGGAUACGGGACUCUUCGAGACGUUCAAGAUUCCGGUGAGGGAGUUCAUGAACUACUUCCACGCUCUGGAGAACGGAUACAGGGACAUCCCAUAUCACAACAGGAUUCAUGCGACAGACGUCCUCCAUGCGGUCUGGUACCUCACGAGCCAGCCUGUGCCUGGUUUACCUACACUGACAUCACUGAGUGACUCGGACUCUGACGGUGGACUCGCUCUCGGCCGCACAAGGUACCUGAUGUCCAGGACGUAUCCUGAGGAGGAGGAGGGUUACGGCUGUCUGUCGGGCCUCAUCCCCGCUCUGGAGCUGAUGGCGCUCUACGUAGCAGCCGCCAUGCAUGACUACGACCAUCCCGGCAGGACCAAUGCGUUCCUGGUGGCCACCAGCGCUCCUCAGGCUGUUCUUUAUAAUGACCGUUCGGUGCUGGAGAAUCAUCACGCAGCGUCCGCAUGGAAUCUGUUCAUGUCCCGGCCCGAGUACAACUUUCUGGCCAGUCUGGACCACAUGGACUUCAAACGCUUUCGCUUCCUGGUCAUCGAGGCCAUCCUGGCCACCGACCUCAAGAAACACUUCGACUUUCUGGCUGAAUUCAACGCCAAGGUGGGAGAUGAUGGAUGCUCGGGCAUUGAUUGGACGAACGAGAAUGAUCGUCUGCUGGUCUGUCAGAUGUGUAUUAAGUUAGCGGAUAUAAACGGUCCUCUGAAAAGCAAGGAGCUUCAUUUGCAGUGGACCGAAGGCAUCGUCAAUGAGUUUUAUGAACAGGGUGAUGAAGAGUCGAGUUUGGGCCUUCCCAUCAGCCCCUUCAUGGACCGCUCAGCACCGCAGUUGGCCAAACUGCAGGAGUCCUUCAUCACACACAUCGUGGGGCCUCUGUGCAGCUCAUACGAUUCAGCCGCCCUCAUGCCCGGCCACUGGGUCGACCCUCUGCCCAAAGAGGGCGAGGAUGCUGAGGAAGAGACGGAUGAAGAGGAGGAGGAGGAAGACACACCGGAGGAAGACACCUCCACCAGCUCCGAACUUUCCCAGAAAUCAGCACCCAAGAAACGACGGAAAGUGUUCUGCCAGAUCACCCAGCACCUGCUGGAGAACCACGAGAUGUGGAAGAAGGUCAUCGCUGAGGAGUCCCAAAGCCAGACAGAAGGGGAGGAGUCCACAUGUCUCACUAACACCCCUGAGCCAAUCCUAGCCAUCGAUGAGGAGGAGGAGGAGCCAGGGAGCAAGGAGGAGCCUGCAGACGACCAGGAGGAGGAGGAGGAGGAGGAGGAGGAGAGUCCUGUACCUGACGAGACACAUGAAACAGAGGAAAUAGAUGGCGAGACUGUAGAGGAAGCGGACGAGACUGAGAAGACUGUAGAAGAUGACGCGGAGCUAAUUGGAAAACGAGAGGAAGAUGAGAAAGAGGAUCCGGAAUGAAUGACGUCGUCUAAAAGUGUUUCAUCAGCAAGUGAGACUUCUAAGAAAUGGUUGCCAGCACAUCACUUAGACACAACACUGUAGAUGCUUGGGGAACAUGUGCCUAAAGGAAACAGGGUGGGACGGGGUGGUUCGGGAUGAAGGGUUUGACUAACAAUGAGCAGGCAAUGCUAAAAUUGGCCGGGACAAGGAGUUCUCCAGGGUGUUUCCUAUGUUUUCUAGACUUACGUUGGUCAGUUUUUGCAAGUCCUUCUCCAGCUGCACCUUAACCCCCAAAACUACGACAGGGGUCCCAAUGACCUGAAGUUUUGCAGGCUCAACAAGCAUUUCCGAGGAGCUCUGUGUCAAAGUCGGGGAAACGAGAAACCAAUCCACCGUGACUCUCGCCGGUUGGCACAUCCCACCGUGGGCAGCGGACGAAAGCAAACGCUCCAGAAACUGCAUGCGUUUGUGAAAAGAUACACUGUGUGUUUGCAUGUCUGUCCUGCCAUUGCUCUUUCUUUUUCCUUUCCAGAGCAUCACUACAGCAAACGCUUGCUCCACUGUCUCAUUUCCGAAGGCGUCGAGCCGAAUGCUUGUCAUUCCCUUCCCUCACCUUUUUCCCUCAGCAUUCCAUGAGCUGAGAUUUUGCGUUUCUCAGGAUCAGACUGUUUUCGGAUAACUGUACAAUGAGUCAUUGGUUUUUACAGACUUUCUUGUAGCUUUCUAAUCUUUUGGAUCUUGAUUUGUGGACAAAGGGAAUCUUUAGUUGUUUUUUUAAAACUGUAACUUCUUCAAAACGCCAAUGGCCUUUUAGCCCAAUCGUUGUUUUACCAGGUGAUUUGAUAUAUAUACACAAAUGCAUAAGGCGUGCAAUAGUACAUCGCGUCAACCCUAGUCAUUAAACAAUGUUCCGUCCGAAAACUAUAGACGCUCUUAUUCUCCCUCCUUCUGUUCUUGCAUUUAAGCUAAGUUUGAGAGCCAAGUGAACUGCUCUAGCAAGUUUGGCUGAUCAAAGGUGCAAACUGGGACGAUGGGAAGGCCUCAGGCUCCCGCAUUCCCCCGCAGUCGCAUGUUUUCCCUCCGAACAAGGCUGUGGUUAUGCUUCACAGUCGUCUCACGCAGCUGCCGCUGUGGUAAUGCAGGAGCUCCUCAGCCCAAGGGAUGAAAGGCGAACGCCGUCCCUCUCACAUGAGAGCAUGUGCCGCACAUGAGAUACACACACCGGUCGACACGGCUGUCCGCGCUCGCCUUUGAUGUGCCGAAAGAGGCAGAUUGCUCGCAACGGCGAGAUGAAACACUUCUGCGGGCUUAAUCACCUCGGGUCCGAUGUCUAAUCGGACGCCUUCAGUCGCUUUGAAGGAGAGCCAAUUAAAAACGCCUAGGUAGGACGUGACGGUCACGUGCUCCCCUUCGAUCGCAAUGCAGUGUAAGCCUUAAUAUUACCAGGCAACGUGGUGCAAUGUAGUCCAGCAAAUUAUUUAAGCAAUACAGCAGAUUGGUAGCGUUUCCAAUUGCACUUUCUUUUGGUUGCUGUGUAGAUCUCACACAGCUCAAGUGUGCGUGUGCCAAAUAUGACUUCAAAUCCAUUCUCCCCAAAGUACAAAACCCCAUCAGGAGCGUGUAGAGGCCGUGUGUGCUUGCGAUGCAGUAUGAGUGCUUUUUAUUUGUACAUGGCCCCAAUUUUAGAGGGUAUAUUAUAUUUCUGCAUUAGGCCGUAGAUUUGUAACCCCAGGCCACCGAUAUUAACCCUUUGGUGCAUGAGUUGUUAAAUCACAAAUUAAAAUAGACUUAAUGUUUUUAUUAACUUUUUUCAAAAGAAAAAAUAUAUAAAUUCCCAGUCUGAUCAUGCAUUUUAGAGCAUUACUGUCCACUGCAAUAAAAGGUAGUAGUAGUUAUGUGGUGCAUCACUUUUGUUUUCCAUUUUUAAUUUAAGUUGCCAUAAUAAGCAUAUAAAAAGGAUUGUUGCAAUUAAUUGUUGAUAAGGGUCAAAUGUUAUCAACUUAAAUGGCUUUUAAAGAUCUGUCCACUGUAGUGGACAUCAUACAUCAAAGUGUUAAAUUAUACAGUUGUUUAAAUUAUACAUAUGUCUACUGUGUAUUUCCUAAAACAAAAUUAGCUUAUUAUAACCUAAAUCAAAUCCUGAUGAAUAAAAUUCAUUUAAAUACAUCACAAAAUCACUACAACCCAGGCCAGAGAUAUGAACCCUUUACUAAAAUCACAAAUAAAAAUAGUCUUUUAUUACCUUUUUAAAACAAAAAUACAAUAUUAAUUCCCUUUUUUUUCCCAAAAUAACAAAUUUUAAUAGUGUUACUGUCCAUUGCAAUAAGAGAUAGUAGUUGCUACUUGUCUUGGUGCAUCACUUUUGCUUGCCAUUUUAUGUUGCAAAUAAAACAUAUAAUAUAAAAGGUUUGUCACAGUGAAUAACAGACAAGGGUCAAAGAUUAUCACCUUAAAAUGGCUUUUAAAGAUCUGUUAACUGUAGUGGACAUCAUGCAUCAAACUGUUAAAUUAUACAGUUGUUUUCAAUGUAUAUUUCCCAAAACAAAAUUAAAAUCCUGUGGAAUCAAAACCUACAUUUAAAUCCUGUGGAAUAAAAUCACCCUAAAUACAUUAUCAAAUCAAUAUACCCCAGGCCAGAGAUAUUAACCCUUUGGUGCAUAAAUGACUAAAAUCUCAAAUAAAGUCUUUUUAUUUCCUUUAUAUAUAUAUAUAUAUAUAU